AUGUUCAAGCUCGGUCGCAACCGCGUGCUGGCUUCGGCCUUUGCCGCUCCCAAGGUAUGGCUCUUGGCCCGCCUGGAAAUCGAUUUCGACGCGGUCCUGCUGUCCCCUUCUGCCAGACUGCCCGGCAUCGCACAACAACGACGAGCUCUGAGCAUCCACGAGUAUCGGUCCGCCGAUCUCCUUCGCAAGUAUGGCAUCGACGUGCCAAAGGGUGCUGUCGCCAAGACCCCCGAGGAAGCUGAGGCUGUCGCAAAACAGAUCGGCACCGAUGAUAUGGUUAUUAAGGCACAGGUUCUCGCUGGCGGUCGAGGAAAAGGCAGCUUCGACAAUGGCCUGAAGGGCGGCGUACGCGUUAUCUACUCAUCGACCGAGGCCAAGAUGUUCGCCGACCAGAUGAUCGGCCACAAGCUCAUCACCAAGCAGACCGGUGCUUCCGGCCGUCUGUGCAACUCGGUCUACAUCUGCGAGCGCAAGUUCGCGCGUCGCGAGUUCUACCUGGCUGUCUUGAUGGACCGUGCCUCCCAGGGCCCCGUCAUUGUCUCCUCUUCGCAAGGAGGCAUGGACAUCGAGGCUGUUGCCAAGGAGAACCCCGAGGCCAUCACCACCACCUACAUUGAUAUCAACGUUGGCGUCACUGACGAGAUCGCACGCGGUAUUGCCACCAAGCUUGGCUUCAGCGAGCAGUGCGUCGAGGAUGCCAAGGAUACCAUCCAGAAGCUCUACAAGAUCUUCCUCGAGAAGGACGCCACCCAGAUCGAGAUCAACCCCCUUUCCGAGACGUCAGACCACAAGGUGAUGUGCAUGGAUGCCAAGUUCGGCUUCGACGACAACGCGGAAUUCCGCCAGAAGGAGGCCUUCUCAUGGCGCGACCCGACACAGGAGGAUCCUGAUGAGGUGCGGGCCGCCCUGUCAAACCUGAACUUCAUCAAGCUCGAUGGUGACAUUGGCUGCCUCGUCAAUGGUGCCGGUCUCGCCAUGGCGACCAUGGACAUCAUCAAGUUGAACGGCGGCACGCCCGCCAACUUCCUCGACGUUGGCGGUGGUGCGACUCCCCAGGCCAUCAAGGAGGCCUUUGAGCUCAUCACCAGCGACCAGAAGGUCACCGCCAUCUUCGUCAACAUCUUCGGCGGCAUCGUCCGCUGCGACGCCAUCGCCCAUGGCCUCAUCCAGACCGUUCAGACCCUGAACCUGAAGAUCCCCAUCAUCGCUCGCUUGCAAGGUACGAACACGGAGAAGGCUCACCAGAUCAUCAACGACUCCGGCAUGAAGAUCUUCUCGAUCGACGAUCUCCAGAGCGCCGCCGAGAAGGCCGUACAACUCUCCAAGGUCGUAAAGAUGGCUCGUGACAUUGAUGUUGGCGUCGAAUUUACUCUGGGAAUUUAA